GCCAUAUUACAAAGACACAGAACUUUAGACUCCUGCCUACCUGUGCCCUGCCGGAGCUGACCCAAUUCCAUCCAAGAGAAUCUUCAACCCUGCCAGCAGGAGCAGAGUAAACACAACCUGAAAAGGAAGUACUGCUUUUUACCAAGAUGGCUAUGAAAACAAUUGCAGUUCUGCUCCUGCUACAGUUGAGUAGUUACUUCGACUCUGGAAGCUGUGGAAAGGUGCUGGUGUGGCCAAUGGAAUACAGCCAUUGGAUCAAUUUAAAAACAAUCCUGGAUGAACUUGUGCAGAGGGGUCAUGAGGUGACUGUUCUGGUAUCUUCAGCUUCUGUGUUUUUUGAUGCUGAAAAGUCAUCUGCUAUUAAUUUUGAAACUUACCCUUCAGCAUUUUCCAGUGAUUAUGUGGAAGAUCUGUUCCUGGAAUCACUCAAGAAAGUUAUAUAUGAGCUGCCAAAAGAAUCAUUUUGGACAUAUUUUUCAGUGUUGCAAGAAAUUGUUUGGAAAGAUUCUGAUUAUUUUCUGGAACUCUGUAAAGAGGUAGUUUUAAACAAGAAAUUUAUGAUAAAAUUACAGGAAUCAAAAUUUGACAUAAUUCUAGCAGAUGCCUUCAGUCCCUGUGGUGACCUGCUGGCUGGGCUACUUAAAACACCCUUUGUGUAUAGUCACCGCUUCUUUCCUGGCUACACACUGGAGAAGUACAGUGGAGGACUUCCAAUCCCUCCCUCCUAUGUGCCUGUUGUUUUCUCAGAAUUAACUGAUCAGAUGACAUUCAUGCAGAGGGUAAAAAAUAUGAUGUACUUGUUGUAUUUUGAUUUUUGGUUCCAAAUUUUUAAUGAGAAGAAGUGGAAUCAGUUUUACAGUAAAGUAUUAG